AUGGCGGCUACCCCGACAGGCAGUGGGCAGGCCAGAGCUUCCGGCCAUUCCGACUCCGCGCUAGACGGCACCGAGUGCUCCAGGCGCAAGAGGGACGAUGUUCUCGAAGCUUGCAAAUGGCGGAACAUCGAGGGUCUCAAGGAGCUUGCUAGCACCAAAGGCGGCUUCCUCACCGACGAUUUGCGCCGGAAGGCUUGGCCCAUACUCCUAGGACUCGCAGACAGCGAAGACUUCAAAGGUGCGAUCGCAACAGGCAUAGAUGAGAAGAACAACUGGAAAGAACUGCCGCGGCAUAGAGACGAAGAUCAAGUCCAGCUUGAUGUCAAUCGGGCCUUCAUUUACUAUCCCCAACACCAGUCUGAUUCCGAACUUGAGAAGAACAAAAGCGAACUCUCUGACCUCAUCACCGAGGUCCUCCGACGAUACCCAUACCUAUGCUACUUCCAGGGCUACCACGAUAUAUGUCAGGUUUUCCUGCUCGUUCUUGAGCCACCAUGGCGCGCCCGCCUUGUCUCGCGCCUCUCUGUCCUACGCAUUCGAGACUUCAUGCUCACCAACCUUGAACCGACCGUCGCCCAGCUACGGCUAAUCCCCGAUAUCCUCAAUGCCGCAGAUCCGAAGCUGAAGCGGCACCUCUCUGGCACCGAGCCUUUCUAUGCCCUGGCGGGCACCCUGACGAUGUACGCCCACGAUAUUCAGACUUUCGGAGACAUUGCCCGCUUGUUCGACAUUCUCCUCACGCGUGAACCGGUCUUCAGUGUCUACAUGUUCGCCCAAAUCGUCUUGAACCGGCGAGACGAGCUCUUUGACAAUGACGAGGACGACCCGUCCAUGCUGCACCUCAUCCUCUCCAAAGUCCCGCAGAAGAUGGACCUUGAAGCCCUGAUCACCAAAACCACUGCGCUGUACGACAGACAUCCUCCCGAGACUUUGCCCGCAUGGCGCAGAAUAUCCAAGGCGAGCUCCCUGAAGACGGCGCGCUCGGUUGAGGCCUGCGCAGCGCAGACAAUGCACGAGGGGCAUUCUUACUUCCAAAAACAGCUGGCCGAGCUCAAGGCUUUGGAACGUCGGCAAAAUAUCAUGAAGGCGCUGUGGGUGUACAGAAAGGGGGCUGCCGCAGUCGGGUUGGCGGUCGUCGUUGGCCUCAUGGCUGUGUACCUGCGCCGGAGUCCCGCUUCCGUAACUGCAUUGUUCUAUAAAUGGACAAAUGGCACAAUUUGGUCGUACAAUUUCUAG